AAACUCAAAAGCCACCAGGGGGCCAAGAAGCGUUGGCGGUCGAUAGCCUCGGGCAUUUUCAAGCGCGGGCAUGCUGGUCACAAACACUUGAACGUGAACAAGAGUCCGGCCAGGAAGAACAAGCUCUCCCAGACCGCUCUCUCCCAUGGGUCACAGACGACAAGACUGAAGAAACUGCUACCUUAUGGGUCA